AGCUUCACGGAAGUCCUCAAUCACAUCAUCUUCCCGCACAAGGUGUCUCCCUUCGCCCAUUACAUCGCUGAUGCCCUCGUCCUCGUCGUCUUCAUCCGCCAUCUCCAUCUUCAAGGACACUGAACCCAACCUACGGAUACCUCAUCUGCCAGCCCAGUCCGACCUCAUCUUCUUCAUCUGUCCACACUGCCACAAGCCAAUUUCAAUUCCGCAUCCAUGCGCCUUUUUGUUUUCCCCAUCCUCGCUUUGGCAUUUCCGUGUGCCAUGCUCCCUUUGGCUUCAUCAUUCCCAUUAACCCCCCCGCUCCUUGCCCAUCCUCCGCUUCUUCUGCCAUCUGCGGCCUGCCAUCGGCGCCAUCCAUACAUUCGCUCUUCUUCUUUCUCGUCCACAGGCCUCAUCCUUCUCCUGUUAGUCUGCCAAUGCGCCUACCGUCGCAGUACCAUGUGGGUUCGGUGGGCAUCGUCUGAUUAAGGCGCCGUCUCUUGGAUCGGUCCUUUCUUGCGCCAUCGCGCCUCUGACAGCUGGAUGCCCCAUGCCCGCGGCGCCGCCCCGAGAAAACGUUCAGCAUUGGCAUUAGGCGCCGGAGCAUUGUACAACUUCGUCUCUCAAGAUACUCACCGG